AUGAAGUUCGCAGCAACCACACUCCUUAUCCCCACUGCUCUCGCCUUCACAGGUCGUAUGACCUACUACCAGCCUGGACUUGGGGCCUGUGGCAAGACCAACUCGGCCAACGACGCUAUCGUGGCCAUUGGCCACGACCGCUGGACCUCGUCCAACCCGAACAAGGACCCGCUUUGCUCCAAGUCCAUCAACAUCAGUCACAACGGCAAGACUGUCAAGGCCAAGGUCGUCGACAAGUGCAUGGGCUGUGGCGCCAAUGACAUCGAUGUCUCGCCUGCCAUCUUCAAGCAGUUUGGCUCGCUUGGCACGGGGGUAAUCCAAGUCAACUGGAACUUCGUCUAA